GCUGUGGUCUGUUUACCUAUGUGUCAUCAUCCAUACACUGCGACACCGAGCAUCCCUUAUGUGUGAUGAAGUAGUCCAGCAUGAAGCCGGUCCCCGCUCGCUCUCUGCGCCGAUAAUGUCUCCCAUCUCCCCCCGCGUGAUCGUGUGAGCAUCUCCAUGGCAUCUUCAAGUUACACCUGCAUCCAGGAGAGCGCCACAGAGAAGGACAAGCUCCUCUCCUCCGUGGCCAGCUAUGGGUCCCGGGAUCUUCUCGGGGCUGGCAGCCCCCGUCCCACCACUCUGGUGGGCUCCGAGCAGGAGGAAGAGGAGGAGGCCCUGAGGAGGAAGCUCAAGUACUUCUUCAUGAGCCCUUGUGACAAGUAUCACGCCAAGGGCCGCAAGCCUUUCAAACUGGGCCUGCAGCUGCUCAAAAUCAUCAUUGUGACUGUGCAGUUGGUGCUGUUUGGACUGAGCAACCAGAUGGUGGUGACAUUUAAAGAGGAAAACACAGCUGCAUUCAAACACCUUUUCCUGAAGGGUUAUCAGGACAACGCUCCUCAGGCCGUCCACACUCAGAAGGAACUGUACAGCCACAUCUACUUCGCCAUAGAGCAGUACAUGGCUCUGCCUCAGAUUUCACUGGGGCAGUAUGCGUACGUGUUGGGCGUUGGUGUAAACGGAAGUGCGCUCUCCCUCUGCCAGAGGUACUACAGGAAGGGCACCAUCGACCCCGUCAACGACACCUUUGACAUUGAUCCCCAUAUUGUCGCUGAUUGCAUUGGACUGAAUCCACCGACUUACAGUUCUGCUCCAGGAAACAGUGACUACAAGAAUUUCACUCUCGAGUUUCAUAAGCUCAUCAAUGUAACAGUUGACUUCCAGCUGAAGGCGAUCAACAUUCAGACCAUUAUAAACAAUGAAAUCCCUGACUGCUACACCUUUGCUAUCACGAUUGUCAUGGAUAACAAGGCCCACAGCGGCAAAGUUAAGAUCAAUUUGCAGAACCAGGCCUCCAUAAAAGAGUGUAAAGACCCCAAUGUGUCUGGACAUGCGGAGAGCUAUGCACGGGAGUUCUUGGAUGUGCUGGUGGCGAUCGUCUGUCUGCUGUCCCUGCUGCUGUGUGGGCGCUCUAUCUUCAGAGGCAUCCUUCUGCAGCACGAGUAUGUGCAGUUUUUCAAACACAAACUUGGCCGCAGUGUGAGUUGGGGAGACCGAAUGGAGUUCAUCAACGGUUGGUAUAUUCUGCUCAUUGUCAGCGACCUGUUUACCAUCAUCGGCAGCUUCAUCAAAAUUGGAAUUGAGUCAAAGAAUUUGUCAUCAUAUGACAUGUGCGGGAUCCUGCUGGGAACCUCUACACUGCUGGUGUGGGUGGGAGUGAUUCGCUACCUCAGCUUCUUUCAGAAAUACAAUAUCUUGAUUGUGACUCUAAGAGCUGCUUUUCCGAACGUCAUCCGCUUCUGCUGCUGUGCAGCUGCCAUUUAUAUGGGAUAUUGCUUCUGUGGCUGGAUUGUGCUCGGGCCCUAUCAUACUAAGUUUCGCUCCCUGUCCAUGGUGUCAGAGUGCCUGUUCUCUCUGAUCAACGGAGACGACAUGUUUGUAACGUUUGCUGAGAUGGAGAAAAGUGGCACACUGGUGUGGAUCUUCAGCCAGGUGUACCUUUACACCUUUAUCUCCCUCUUCAUCUACAUGGUGCUGUCCCUCUUCAUCGCACUCAUCACCGGAGCCUACGACUCCAUUAUGGCCCAAACACAGGAGCAGAUACGUGUCACUGAUCUGCACGCCUUCAUUGCACAGUGCAUGGAUACACCCAGCUCUGGCAAGUUCCGUGGGCCUGAAGGGUCGUCAUGCUCCUUCCUCUGCUGCUGUGACUGAGGAGGAGGAAGACGAGGAGGAAGAAGAGGAUGCACACAGGGAGUAGGCUGUGUGUGUGUGUGAGUGUGUCUCUGUGUGAAAGGGUAAGGGAGUCUUGAUUUUUUUUCUCUCUUUAAAGCACGAUAUUUCCACUCCAGUGAAAGCCGGCUGCAAUUGCACUCCUUUUUCCAGAUACCCAGCAGGGGCGAUAAAUGCCUCGAGAGUGAACAGACUGACCUUGGACCACGUUGUCCUCUGUAGCCUGUGUUUGAAUUUUGCAUUUAAAUUUGUGCUGCAACGGUAGAAUGCACUCCACAGUCACAAGCCCAAUUACCUGCUUCGGCUUUUGUACUGUAUGAAUAAUUUAUUGUCUCUUUCUGAAAUGUCAGUUUGUUAGGGCUUUGAUGACUAGACGCAUAAUGCCAGGAAACAUAUUCGUUGCUGUAGACUGGACACCGGGUCCACUAUGUAUAAUAGAUUUGAAUUUUCACUUGAAUGAUCCUCUAUGUACAGGGUUUUAUUAUCAUUUUAUUGUCCACAUGGCUACCUAGGUGAUUUUGUGCCUCUUGAUUAUGUAAAUAUGUAUGAAUCAUCAUAUCAGGUAGAAAAGACACAGGAGACAGCUUGGCAAGCUUAAAAGAAAGAUCUGUACUGUAUGUAUGCAUUAACUUUUCAGUCAAGGCUGUUUUUAUUCUCUACUCCUCCCCUUGGUUCAUGUUCUCCUCUGAGGGAGAUGAUGGCUCCAUGAGGAAGGACGAGCCCUGCAGCCAACCAAUUAGUCAUCAAUAUGCAUGAACUGUUUCUGCCGUAAAGAGCCAGGUGACUGCGAAGGCUAAUGCACUGCGAGGCAGAGCCUUUUUACUGUUUGAUUUAAAGUGCUCCCUGCAAGGCUGCAAAAUAAUGUUUGACAAAGAAACAGGCAGAAUUUUUGCAAUAUUGCAUGGGUGUAAAAAAAAAAGCAGUCUUAGUGAUUUUUAAACAUCCUGAUCAAAAGAGAAGAUAGGAUCGAACUCAUCUGCUUGGACAUGCACAGGCAGCUGAGUAUCAAGCUGAAAUAGCAGUGGACUGUACAAAAGGCAAAAGACUGUACAGGUGAAAUAUGAAGUAAGAAAAGCAGAGGGCCCAAAACAGAGCUCUGAGGUACUCCUUAUUUCACACUAGAAAAUGUUGUUGUAGUAUUGUUAUAAGAAAUACACUGUGUUCUGUCAGAUAGGUCAGACUUUAACCACAGGAGAGCCAAGCCAGAGAUGGCAAAUAGUAUGCAGGGACCUGUGGUAUCAAAAGCCGCACAGAGGAGGAAUCUGAAUAUAUAG